GUAAUUUAGGCUGGACUCCUUCAACCUUUGUGUCGUCACGGCAACAGAAAGCUGAGAAGCAACAUGCCCGACCCGAGGACUUCAUGGACGAGGAGGAUUUCAGCGAGCACGGCAUCGCUCCCAGAGAGAUCACCACCAGUAAGGAGUUCUCCUCCAGCCGCAGAGACGAGGCGGCGGAAAAGGCCAAAGCCAUCAGCGCUCAGGCAGCGCUGAUCCCCGGAGACACGCUGCUGGAGGAGCUCAUCUCACCAGCGAGGUCGUCCAUCGGCAUAGAGCUGCUGACCAAAAUGGGCUGGAAGGAAGGACAGGGCAUCGGGCCUCGGCUGAAGAGGAAACCCCGCAGACAGCUCCAAGCGGAAGCAUCCAGAAUGUACGGCUGUGCGCUUCCCCCUACUGGUUCGGAGGAAUCAGAGGAGGACGAUGAAGAGUUUGCCCCAGAGAAUGUUACCUUUGCUCCAAAGGAUGUGACUCCGGUGGACUUCACCCCGAGGCUGGGGGUUCAGGGUCUGGGGUACCGCGGUCUGGACCCAGGUCUGGCCCUGCUGGGGCGAGUCACGGACGAGCAUGUGGACCUGUUCAAGCCUCAGUCAGAGACCAGGAGUCGGCUGUUCGGGGACCGGCAGAGAAGCUCCAGGAGAGGAGGGGUCGCCGGUCAGGCGUUUGGCGUGGGGGCGCUGGAGGACGAGGACGAGGAUGUCUACCACAGAGACUCCAUGUCGAGAUAUGACACCGUUCUGAAAGACGAGGAGCCUGGAGACGGUCUGUACGGCUGGACGGCUCCGCAGCAGUACACCAAGCAGAAAGACAGAAGCAGAGACGCUUCGUACCUGGGGAAAAUCCUGGAGGGGUUCACUCUGGCCCAGAAACCUCUGGAGGAGAAAACGAUCUUCCCUCCUCCCAUUCUGCCCAGAGAUUACCGCCCUGUCCAUUAUUUCCGUCCACAAGUCAUCGUCUCCAGACUGUCUGGAGUCAGUCCGGCGCUCGCUGAGGCUCUGAAGACCUCCAGGGGUCACAUGGUCAAAGAAGAGCCCCAGCAGGGAGGACGCCACCAGCUGGACUCUGGCCAGAGGGGGGCGCUGCUGGGGGAGGACGCCCUGAAAGGUCCCAGUUCAGUCUUGGAUCUGCUGAGACCUGAGGACCGACAGCGCCUGCUCAGCCUUCGAAACUCCUCGGCCCAGAAGCCCUCCACGCCCGACCCCCCCCUGCCCACUCCGGCCGGACCGCUUCCGACGCCAUCCGCCCUCCGGGAGCAGGAGGCUCUAGCGGCGUGGAGAGGCUCCUCCUCCUCACAGAGCUUCAAACCUUUUGAGAAAACCCCCAGCAAGCAGGCGCGCUACGAGCUGUACCUGAGCCGCCUCCGUGACGGAGACAAAGAUGCCCUGGAGCAAAGUCUGGACCCGACCAUGACUGAGUGGGAGCGCAGCAGGGAGCGCGAGGAGUUCGUCCGAGCAUCCAUCUUGUACCGACCGUCCUCUUCCUCGCUGUCGUCUCGCUUCACUAGCGCCAAGCACCAGGAGGACGACGACACGGUGGAGGUCCACCUGGACCAGGAGGGCGACGAGGAUGAUAAGCAGGAAGCCGUCAAGAUGAAGAUGUUUGGAAAACUGACCAGAGAGACGUUGGAGUGGCAUCCUGACAGACUGCUGUGCAAGAGGUUCAACGUUCCGGACCCUUACCCUGGGUCGUCGUUGGUGGGUCUGCCCAAGGUGAAGAGAGACAAGUUCUCCGUCUUCAACUUCUUAACUGUUCCAGAGAGCCGGCAGGCGGCAGCUCCUCCAAAGCCUCUGGAGCAGGAGAAGAAGUCCAGGUGGGAUGUUUCAGAGAAAAACAAAGAGAAGAAGAACCAGGAUCCGCUGAGCGAGCGUAUCAGCGAUGCACAGAACCAAGCUGAGCCCAAAUCUGAACAGAACUCACCUCCCGGGUCCAACAGCAUCCAGACUGCAGCCGGCAGCAGCGAGGGGGGGUCAGCAGAUCAGCCCAGCUCAGAGCAGAGAACAAAGGAUGAAGACCAGGAAGAGGAGGAGGAGGAGGAGGAGGAGAAGAGGCCUCCUAUGGAUCUGUUCAAAGCCAUCUUUGCCAACUCCUCUGAUGAGAAGUCCUCCUCCUCAGAGGGAGAGAGUGAUGAAGAGGAGGAGGAGAAUGAUGCAAAGGAAGAGCGAUCAGAGACGGAACCAGUGAAGCUGUUCGUCAUCUCCUCUUCCUCCUCCGCCGCCCCCCCUGCCUCCUCGUCAUCCUCCGCCGUCCCCCCUGCCUCCUCUUCCUCUGCUGUCACCUCCAGGCUGCACACAGAAGCAGCAGCUUCCCGUCAGACGUCGGCCAAAGACGAGGAGGAAGAGUUUGGACCGAAGCUGCCGCCUCCUUCGGCUGCUGUCGACAGAGGAGGCGCCACCUCCACGGCCUCCAACCGUCAGGAUGAGAAGUCCAGCAAGAGAAGCAAAGAGAAGAAGCAGAAAAGCAAGAAGCACAAGAAGGAGAAAAAGAAGAAGAAACACAAGAAGCACAAAAGCAAAGGGAAGAGUAAGAAGGAGGAGUCGACCAGCGGCUCUGAGGAAGACGAGGAAGACGCCGAGCUGUCGACGGACGAGCUGCUGAGGAGACUGAAGAGCAUCCGGACCCCUCGGACCCGGUGACCCGGAGAAACGCAUCAUCAGCCGUCUAAUAAAAACCAGACAUCUUGUUAAUGUCGGUUCUGGUUU